CCAUGCACUAUCUGCGAUAUUCAGAUAUUUCUUGGAUUUACUGAGUUCUACCGUCGAUUUAUACGGAACUACUCCAAGAUCGUUAUAUUAUUAACUAAUUUUUUGCAAGGUAGCAGUAUAGGCAUGGUUGCACUUUCGAACUGCGCCUGA